AUGAAAAAUGAUCGGCUUAAAGCGGCAGUUAUCAUCAGCUUAGUUUUUGAUUUGAUAUUAUUGAAUAAAUAUCAAACCGCAAUUCAUGUGCUGAUGUUAGCGAGAUAUUUGAAAAUAAGUUCUAUAUGCUAUCCCAAAAAUAGAUUAUUCUACGUACUUUGGAUAGAAUGGUACAGAUUCACAUUGUUUCCGUUUGCAAAUAAUAUUACUGUGGACCAUUAA